CGACUGUCGAGUGGUUUCGAUCACAGGGCAUCAAGGCAGACCGUGCCCUAUUCCAUUUAUGGUAAACUUGUAAACCCGAAGCAUUUCCUCGUAGGAAAGAAGUUGUUUGAGUAACCAAGUUUUUCAAAGUUAAAGAUGCAGGACCAAAGUCAAGAUACAGAAUGGAAUGAUGCACUACGCAAACAUGGAAUCAUACCAGAAAAAAAGGAAGUGGAAAUUACGCAAGAUCAAAUUGAACAUUUAAUGGACAAUGUCAUAAAACAGAGAACUGAAGAGAAGCCAUUGAACAUUUUAAGUCUUGAUGAAUUAGAUGAAAAGGAGGAUGAUGAAGAUGACAGGGUUCUACAGCAAAUAAGAUUACAAAGAAUGGCAGAAUUGAAAGAAAAACAGAAUUCUGCCAAAUUUGGAGAUAUCAGAGAAAUAUCUGCAAAUGAAUAUGUAGAACAAGUUACCAAUGCUGGAGAAGGAAUUUGGGUAGUGUUGCAUCUUUUCCAGACAUAUGUUCCACUAUGUACCCAGAUAAAUAAGUUUCUUGUUCAACUUUCAAGAAAAUUUCAAGCAACAAAGUUCUUAAAAAGCGUAUCAACCAAUUGCAUCAAAAACUAUCCAGAUAAAAAUGUACCAACAAUAUUUAUUUACUGUGGAGGAAACCUUAAGGGACAGUUUGUUGGACCACAUGUGUUUGGUGGAAUGGAUUUGAACCAGGAUUGCCUUGAGUGGAUGCUGUCCCAAACAGGUGCAGUAGAGACGACGCUAACUGAAGACCCUAGACUGAAACUUGCAAGGAACUCGAACUCAAUGACGAUAUUAACACGAGACCGAAGGGCAGUGAGAGACUCUGAUUCGGAGUCUGAUGAUGAUGAUGAUUAAAGCCACGAUUUUUUUUUAAUAUAUUUUUAUCAAAAGACCUUCUACGACAAA